AUGAAGCUCCUCCUGUUCCUGCUGGCCUUCUCUCUGCCCCCCAGGACAGAGGCAGGGAAGAUCAUCGGUGGACAUGAGGUCAGGCCCCACUCUCGACCCUACAUGGUGUAUCUUCAGAUCAUGGAUCAGAAUUCUCAGAAGACGUGUGGUGGCUUCCUAAUACGAGAGGACUUUGUGCUGACUGCUGCUCACUGUUCCGGGAGCUUAAUCAAUGUCACCUUGGGGGCCCACAACAUCAAAGAAGAGGAGAAGACCCAGCAGAUCAUCCCUGUGGCAAAAAUCAUUCCAUACCCCACAUAUAACGCUAAGAAAAUCCUGAAUGACAUCAUGCUGUUAAAGCUGGAGAGGAAGGCCAAGAGGACUAAAGCUGUGAAGCCCCUCAACCUGCCCAGGCGUAAUGUCCAAGUGAAGCCAGGGGACUGUUGUUAUGUGGCUGGUUGGGGAAAGCUGGCCCCAACGGGCCCCUUUCCCAAAACACUACAAGAGGUAGAGCUGACAGUCCAGGAGGAUGAGGAGUGUGAGUCUCACCUUCAAGGCUAUUACAACAAAACCACUGAGAUCUGUGCAGGGGACCCAAAUAGCAAGCGUGCUUCCUUUUCGGGGGAUUCUGGAGGGCCCCUCGUGUGUAAAAAAGCAGCUGCAGGCAUCGUCUCCUAUGGACGUGCUGAUGGUUCAACUCCAAGAGCCUUCACCAAAGUGUCAAGUUUCCUAUCCUGGAUAAAGAAAACGAUGAAACGCAACUAA